AUGCUGAGUGUUUACCAGUUAUCCGAAAGUUCCCAAAGUCACGAGCCUGAAGGCGUCGGCCCGCCGCUGCCUCUCCCUCCUGAUGACCCACCCCCAAGCGCUCGCGAUCUCUCUAUCACUGACUAUGAGACUGUCUCCAUUGGAGGCCCCUCCGAGUCCCUUUCACAAGAAGUUAAUCAGAUGGACGUAUUGACGGCCGCUGAAAACUCCUCCGAAGGCCUCAUGGAGCAAGAUGACUCCGAAUACUUCAACAGCUCGUCUCAUUCUGACCUGAAUGCCCUGGAUACCGAUGAAGAUGAAUUCUUACGUCCUCCCCCAGAUCUCAGACUACCAACUCCUGCAUCUAAUCAUGCAGCCAACUCCGCCGUUGCAACUUCAGAAAAUUCCCAAAACCAAAAAAAUACCAAUGAUUCCUCCUUGAUUGAAAUUCCAGAAAACUGCAAAACUCAAAAAAAACGUUAUCAAUGA